AUGGAACCUAUCGAAUCUGAAGUCUUGCAAGAAGUAAAAAGAAAGAAAAAGAGAAAAAUCGAAAAGGUUGAAGAGGAAGAAGAACAAAAAAAUAGCGAAAAUGAAGAAAAAGAAGACGAGAAAGAAACUGAGGAAAUCGCUAACUUUUUUAGCAAAAAGAAAUUUUCAGAUCUGGAUAUAUGUGAUGAGCUCAAGCAAUCAAUUGGAGAAAUGGGGUUUAAUAAACUUACUCUUAUCCAAGAAAAAGGGAUUCCUCCAGCGCUAAAAGGUCACGACAUUUUGGCUGCAUCAAAAACCGGAUCUGGAAAAACCCUUUCAUUCCUAAUUCCAACCAUAAAUCUGAUGCACAAAGCUGGCUUCAGAAGAGAACAAGGCUCAGCAAUCAUCAUUAUUUCUCCUACAAGGGAAUUAAGCCUUCAAAUUUAUCAAGUUGCAAAAGAACUUUUAUCUCAUAUGAGCCACACACAUGGUCUAAUAAUGGGAGGCACAAGCCAAUCUCAUGAAGCUAAAAAACUAGAAAAACAUGUAAAUGUUUUGGUUGCAACCCCUGGCAGGCUGCUUGAUCACCUUCUAAAUACUCCUGGCUUUGUCUAUCAAAACUUAAUGACACUAGUAAUUGACGAGGCUGACCAAAUCUUAAAGCAAGGUUUUGAAGAACAAAUGAACCAAAUUUUAUCACUUCUCCCAUCAGAACGACAAACCCUUUUAUACUCAGCUACACAAACCAAAAAACUUGACGACCUUAUCAGAGUCUCCUUAAAGAGUCCAGUCCUAGUUGGCCUUGAUGAAGAACAAAUGGUCGCAACAGUAAGCACAUUGGAGCAAGGCUACACUGUUGUUCCGCCUGACAGAAAAUUUAGCUUGCUUUUCACAUUCCUCAAAAAGAACCAUGACAAAAAAAUCAUGGUGUUUUUCAGCUCGUGCAAUUCUGUGAAGUUUCAUUACGAUUUAUUGAAUUAUGUCGAUAUUACAGUAAUGCAUAUCCAUGGGAAGCAAAAGCAGCAAAAAAGAACUACAGCGUACUUUGAGUUUUGCAAAGCAGAAAACGCAAUACUUCUGUGUACUGAUGUAGCUGCUAGAGGAUUAGAUAUACCAGCUGUAGACUGGAUCAUUCAAUAUGAUCCUCCAGAUAUUCCUGAAGAGUAUAUUCAUAGAGUUGGCAGGACUGCAAGAGUUCAGAGACAAGGGAAAGCAUUGCUUUUCUUACUGCCUCAAGAGCUUGGGUUCCUCAGAUACCUGAAAAAAGCAAAAGUCCCACUUAAUGAGUUUGAGUUUGCAGAAAACAAAUUGGCAAAUAUCCAACCACAAUUUGAAAGAUUAAUUGAGAAAAAUUAUUAUCUGCAUAAAGCAGCAAGAGAAGCUUAUAGAUCUUACCUAAAAGCUUAUGAGUCGCAUCAUCAAAAAGACAUAUUUGACGUCUCUCAGCUUGAUUUACCAAAAGUAGCACGAUCUUUUGGUUUAACCACUCCGCCGAUGGUCAAUUUGAACGUCAAAAUCCAAGGAAGCAAAUCCAGAAACACAAAUUUGGAGAAAAAAUUCUACAAGAAGACUGGACACACAUUCAGCAAUAAAAAUCCAGAAGGAGUCCGCCAUGGUGGAGACACAAGACAAUUCAGUCGAUAA